UUUUGCUGUCACGUAACAUUAACCAGUGAUUUUGCCAAAAUGUCUCAUACCUGUAACGACACCAUUAUACUGCAUAUUUAGCUACAGUAUACAGACAGAUCGACAUAAUUUGUGCUGUUGUCUGUUUGAGAAAACACUGACAUUCUUCUAAAGCUCAAGAACAAGGAUAAGAACAGAACAAAUUUAGAUCUGAAUCAUACACACUCAAUAUUUUAUUUGCUUUGAUGUGUAUUUAAAUUACCAGCUGUCCUACAUAUUGCCUAGCACACUAUCAUAAGACUCCCAGCUGUCUUUAUUUUCAUUACAGCCUAAAAUCCAUGUCAUACACAUAAAUGGUCUGUAUUCUGUGUUGUGUGUGAGAGUGUGGACUUUUUUAUAGAGAACUCUUAGAUUCAAGGUGACCAUGAAAGGUAUCUACUGCUCCCACCUCAGUGGUCCAUUCUUCAAGUGGGGUGUCUGGAUGGAACCGGAUGAGGUCCAUGUGGAGGAGCCGGGCCGUAUGCGUGCCGUGAGGAUGCGUGGUGAGGGGCUACUGUGGGACGAUCCUCUGCACUUCUCGUGGCUGAUGGAGGCUGAGUCGUUUACAUCGUCAGUGCAGGCAGGUGGCCCCAUGCCCGGCACAGCCAUGACACUCGAGCAGAAGACCACCUUCGCCUUUGUCAUCUUCCUCUUUGUCUUCCUCUGCAUGCUGAUUGUGCGCUGCUUCCGUAUCCUACUGGACCCCUACCGCAGUAUGCCCACCUCCACUUGGGCUGAUGGUCUCGACGGCCUUGAGAAGGGCCAAUUUGACUACACACUGGCAUAGUGGAAACACACACUAACACAAAAACUCUGACACGACUAUAACUAGAUACACCUAGUUAAAUGAAACACAAACAACCUUAAAAUAAGUAAUGAUUACAAGCAAUCAUUUUGUGAUGUAUAUUACACACGUAGCUAAAAAUACUAUAUACACACACGAUAUGGUAAGGAAUCUAAAUGUGAUACGAUAUGAAGUAAAAAAAAAAAAAUUUAGGUGCAUGGUUAGUAAAAUGUCAAGCUUGAAAUAUAGAAAAUGUUGUGUCACACACAUAUGUGCACACACAGGGUGUUUUGUGAAAGGAGCAGUCAGGGAUUAUGAGUGCUGCCAGAGGCAGAUGUGGACUGGCGUGUGCCCCUCUGUGCCGCUGUGAGCCUGGUGACACUCAUACAGGGUAACCCAAGCGCUGCUCCUUCAGCUUCCUGCAAACACCCAGCACCCAAUUUCUUCUUCUCUCCAACACCAUUGAUAUCUGCACUGUUGUAUACUGCCAAGUAGACAUCUUUAGACAAUAUGUCCUUUUGAAGACCCUUUAUAAGCACUUCAUAAAUACUAGAUAGGUUAAUGCUUAUGCCUACAAAAGUGAGCCUUAAGGUAUGCACUGUUAUUAUCAAUGCAGCUUAGUUUUGUCAGAAUUAGCAAUUAGGGCGUGUUUGUGCAGUGCUUAUGGCUUCAUAAAGGGCCAAUAAUUCAAUUAUGCUGAUGUUGACAUAGGCAACUUAUGAGAAAAUAUUUGACACGGAUGCUAAAGGUGACACCUGUGGGUUUGUUCAUAGCCCGGUGUGAACUUUAAAGACAAUUUGAGCCUUGUAUGUAUCUAAACAACAGUUGUUUCAAAAGUGAUCAUACAGUCAGCAUAUACUGCCUCAUUAGCACAAUAAACUGAAUUUAGAUCAGUUCCAGUUUGAUAACUGAGCUGCCGUGAUUCUCUUUGUCAGCUUUUCCAUUUGAAGCUGUCGCUGCAGGAGCUAUAAUCGCUAGUUUGCUUUGAAAUAAUUCAUAGCUCAGAACAAGUGAUGAGGAAAGGCCACUUUUCAGAGGUGCCUCCUUAGUCAUUCAUAUGGUGAUAAAAAUGUCUGUGUCACGUUUGUCCAGACUUUGGCUGAAUUGCACUGAAUUCAUUUUCCUUUUCAGAUCUUUUAGUCUCUUUGCCCAUCAGCCUGCCAAAUGAAGUUCCUUUGCACUUUUAUGUUGUUUCACCACUGUGAAUGAGCCAAUGAGAAACUAAGAGCACUUAAGGAGUGAGUUGAACUGCCAGGGACUUUGAUUACGACUGCCACUGUUUCGCAUGCACAAAGCCACGUGAAUGUGUGAGAGAAUCCUAAAGCACCGAGUAGUACAAUGGGACUUGACAGAUGUUUUCCAUGCAAAUGAUACUAUCAGUUAAGAAGAGUUCACUGUGAGGUUCUGCUUCACUUCCUUAGAGUAACCUUGUGUCUGUGCAGUAUGUUUUAUCACAAAUAUCCAAAUAAGAAAAAAAUAAUUUGGAAAUCCCCAAAACUGUGAGGAUAUUUAGACCUACAUACUGUUAGAACAAGAUUUAAAUUCAUCAUAAGUGAAUUGCUUAUGAAGCUAGUAGUGGGGAUUCAGUGUGGAUUCAGACACGUGGCACAUACAACCACACUUGUAUUUGUCUUAUAGAGAGAUGAAAAUAAACUCUUACCAAAAUCA